CAAAUGCGUAUUGGAAAAAAUAAAACAUGUUGUGUGUCCACAUUUUGUUGGUGAGCCUCCCUCUUCUUGUGGCAGACGCUGCUCAUGAAACACCACAACAAGUGGUGACUAGAUACAACAACUACAAGGCAAUAUGUAAUGGACUGGGUUAUGAAAAUUUGGGUUGCAAAGUUAAAUCAGAAACUGUUGUUUUCCAAUCUUCACUCACCAAGACUAUGACAAAUAUGAAAAACGAGGAAACAGUUAUUUUUGACGACGUUUCGUUAAACGAGGGAAAAGCUUACGAUAGGACCACUGGAAUAUUUACAGCGCCGUCUGAUGGAUUUUUCUCAUUUACCUGGGCAACAUUAACAAAAGGAGGACAAUACUUCAUAACUGAAAUUGUGCAUAAUGGUCAAAGAAUGGCAUAUAAUCAUAAUGAUGGAAGGGGUAUCGAUAUAUAUUCAAUGUCUACUUCCCAUGCAAACAUCAAAAUGAAGAAAGGUGAUAAAGUGUGGAUACGAACCCAUGGAAACUUGGGUCAGUAUGUUUAUGGUGCAAAAUAUUGCAAUUUCUCUGGAGUAAAACUCUAG